UAGACUCAGACAGCAACCCCUAAGCUUCACGAGUGUCAUUAUUCCAGUUGAUCGCAGAGAUAUUCGGUGCGGAAAGUGCUUUAGCUAUUCCAGGUAUCAUUGGGCUGGACCUGGUGCCGUUCAGUGGUGGAAACUGAGCAGCUCCGCUGUCGGAAGAAGCUGUGACACUUUGCGCCCUGAGAACAACUAGUACCGUCCUCAACCCUUUGCGUUUGCUUCUUCUCCCGGAGAAAUCUUUGGGAAAUACUCGCCUGACUGGCCAUUUUUCUUAACCUAAUCGCCGAAUAUGUGUCGUUUCCUGGUAUACAAAGGCAGACAUGAGAUUCGCCUCAGCAAGCUGGUCACCGAGCCCAGCCAUUCAAUCCUCACCCAGUCAUAUGAUUCCCGUCUGCGACUGGACAACCGCCGUCCGGUCAACGGCGACGGCUUCGGUGUAGGCUUCUACACUGACCCAAAACUCGGCCCGGAGCCAUGUAUCUUCACGUCCACGCUUCCCGCCUGGAACUGUGAGAACCUCGAACGUCUAGCAUCCAAGACAUGCUCUAACUUGAUUUUCGCGCACGUGCGCGCAACUACAGAGGGAGCUCUCUCGGACACCAACUGCCACCCAUUCCAGCAUAGCACGCUGAUGUGGAUGCACAAUGGUGGCAUUGGCGGAUGGCAGUACAUCAAGCGGCCGCUGGCUGACUCUCUAGCCGACAAAUGGUACCUAGGCGUGAAAGGUGGAACCGACAGCGAAUGGGCAUUCGCGCUGUUCCUCGACCUUCUCGAGAAGGAGGGCGUGGAUCCCAGCUCAGAUCCCGGCCCGGAGGGCUUCGGACAGGCGCUUUUGCGCCGAGUAAUGGUCAAGACCAUUGCGAAGAUCAACGAAUUCAUCAAGGACAUUCCGAAGAGACACGAUGUCCCGAAUGUGGAGACCCGCAGUUUGCUGAAUUUUGCAGCCACAGAUGGCCACACUGUGAUCUGCACGAGGUAUAUCAGUAGUAAGACCGACGAACCGGCCAGUCUGUACUUCUCGUCGGGCACAAAGUGGGUAGAAGGAAAGGACAAGGGACAUUUUAAGAUGGAGAGGCAUGACAAGGGGGCGGAUAUUGUCUUAGUGGCUAGCGAGCCUAUCACUUUUGAACGACAUAACUGGGUUUCUGUCCCUGCAAACUCCAUCGUCACCAUUCACAAGCAGACCGUCCUUUUACACCCAAUCAUGGAUGAGUUCUAUGUUGAGGAUUUGAACCAGAACCGCUCGUCCUGUUAUGCGGUGUCCAAGGGCCUUGUUAGCACUGCCCCUGGGACAACCGUGCAGCCUCAGAAUGCCGGUAACGUUGACUCCAAGCCUGGUGCCGUCAACGAUAACAGCUCUAAGCUUGGUAAUGGUCUGGUUUCACAGCAGCUUAAAAGCGCGGCUUAGUGCGCUGUAUCACAUUAACAGAGUACGCAGACAUGGGAGUUUUUGGGUGCGGAGUUGGGCAGAUGGUAAACUUAGGGGCCUCAUUUCGGGAUUAUUAUAUCAUUAUUAAACCUUCUGGCUCAGCCAGUCCUCAUCUGUGUGCAAUACUAGCAUUAAUAGGCAGCUUUCUUUUGAUCAGUAAAAUUAUUAAUUAC